UUCUCCUCCUUCCUCCUAUAAAAACCCCUUUCCAUCCUCCCUCCCUCCCUCCCCCUGCGCUUGCAGAUCACCGUAUUGGUCGAUGGGAUGGAGCGACUGCGCUCCAGCGAGCGGUUAGCGCAUUAUCAUGCGUUUGGCCGGUCCGUGUGUGGGAUGCUGUGCAAGUCUGCUGCAUAAAAGUGGACAGGUGGAGCGCCUUGUUGAGUGGGGAAUUUUAAGAAAACGCCCAAACAUUGUGAGAUUACCUGAUGUGUUAUGAGCCAUCACUACUGAGCUCUGCAUCUGCAGACGUGCAAGGUUCUCCCCCCUCCCGCUGUAAUAUUUAUGUCAAAACGGAGGCAAAUUAUUCUGGUCACGUUUUUGGCUGACAGCCGGCUGUCCUGAAGAUCUCUAGAGUGAAUCGGGGUCCAGUGUUGGAGAUAGCGCAGCGCACCGACACCUGCAGUAGGAUGUAAAGGGAAUUCCCACUCAGCAAACUGAAUCAACCACAGAUCUGGCCAUCAUCCUCAUCACUGUCUCGUUUGAGCCAGAAGAAAAAGAAAGACGAGCAUGGUCUGGUGUGGGGGCCGGUGUUGCUAUGCUUGAGGGAGUGCUGUGGCGUCAAUGGAGACCGAAGGCUAUCGUGACCUCCUGGAGACCAGCGAUGGUCAGGGGGUAGGCCUGCUGGAUGGAGGGGGUGAGGUGGGGGUGGAGGAGGGCUGGAGCACGCCCUACCCCCUGGGCUUCCAGGUGUCUUUGACCACUGUGCUGCUGCUGGAGCUGGUGUUGGGCUUCAGCAGUAACCUGACAGUACUUGUGCUCUACUGUGCUCAGUCCAACCUGGUGGAUUCAGUCAGCAACCUUGUCACAGUCAACCUCCACGUUCUGGACAUACUUGUAUGUCUGUUGUGUCUGCCACUGACUGUGGCUGUGAUCCUGCUACCAGCCAAUGAAAGUGGAGUCGGCAGCCUGGCCACGCUGUGCUGCUUUCACGAAGCCUGUGUCACGUUCACCAGUGUGGCCACAGCAGUCAAUGUGCUGGUGAUCAGUUUGGACCGAUACGACAUCUCAGUGCGUCCAGCCAGUCGCCUGCUGACCCCAAGGCGUGCAGCUCUGCUCCUGGCAGCCGUAUGGGCCGUUUCCCUUGCUGUCUUCUUCCUGCCCUUCCUUGAGGGGAAUUUCUUCUCUUCGUUGGUUGAGGACAGUGAGGAUGAGGAGCCAAAAGGGCAGAACAAUGUCUCUGAGUUCACCACUAGAUUGACCAACAUGUUUUCCUCAAUCUCUCCUUCCUCCAUCUCUCCUUCUUCCAUCUCACCUUCCUCCAUAUCUCCUUCCUCUUUUCCAUCAACACGUCCUUCUUCCCCUUCACACCACCUGACUCCAGAAUGGCAGAAUAGGACAUUACUGUGCGUCGGAGGGCAGGGGUAUUAUACAGGACUGGCUAUGUAUUACCACUUGUUACUCCAAGUGCCAUGCUUCUUCAUCGCUGUGGCUGUCAUGUUAUUUACCUACUCAAGGAUCCUGCGGGCCCUCAACAUUCGCAUAGGCUCCCAUAUGAUGAGGGGUAAGCGGGCAAAAGACUCCACCUGCAGAAUACGCUGCAGAAGGCGUAGAAAGAAGGACCUGAGUCUACCAACCGAGGUAGUGUCCUCCAACCAGAACAAGAACCAAACCAAUCCAAACACUCCUACACCAACAUCGCCCCCACCACUCCCCUCCAUGCUCCAGGGGAUUUCUGACAGUGGAGCAACAGUCACUACUGUCAGUACUGCUGCCACCACCCCCAUCGCCACUACACCGGCCAGUCUUGCUUCUCCACCUCCAGCUUCAGCCUCAUCCCAGCCCCAUGCCAACUCACCACUGCCUGCCUCCACCAUGGGUGUACAGGCCUCGGUUUCUGCCAUCAUCGCCUUGAGGCGGGCAGUGCGUAGACACAGGGACCGUCGAGAACGCCAACGUCGCGUCCUUAAAAUGUCCCUACUCAUCAUAUCCAGCUUCAUGGGCUGCUGGGCCCCUCUGUCCGCAGUCAACAUCCUGAUCCUGUGCAUGGGACCCAGCGACAGCCUGGUGCGGCUGCGCCUCUGCUUCUUAGCGAUGGCUUAUGGAACCACUAUUUUUCAUCCUCUGCUCUACGCUUUUACCAGGCAAAAGCUGCGCAAGGCCCUAAAAACACGUGUAAAGAAAAAGGUAGUUUCCCUUCUGCAGGUGGACCCGGCUCCCAGCGGGGGGACAGUUAUUCACAAUUCCUGGGUGGAAGGUGGAGGCCAGAGGAAGAAUCGCAAGCCACGAGGGGAGGCCAGUGAAUGUACUGACCGAUGCCUCACAGAGGCAGUGAGGGAAUAAGUGUGUGUGUGUGUGUGUGUGUGUGUGUGUGUGUGUGUGUGUGUGUGUGUGUGUGUGUGUGUGUGUGUGUGUGUGUGUGUGUGUGUGUGUGUGUGUGUGUGUGUGUCCAAUUUACUAGGGAUGGUUUGUGUGUAUAUUCAUGAGAAAUUCCAGUUAGUUUACAAAGGUCAGGAUAAAUCCCAUGACCACUGGCUCCAUGUAUAUGUGGAGACAGGUGAGCCCUAUGCUCUUAUUAGAGCCUGCUUUCUGCUCUACUUACAGAGGCCCUCAUUAGUCCAGUUUCUGACUGACAACAAGGCCCAUGUGUCUCCAUGACUACACUGGUCAAGCAUUUUGACAACUUCAUAGUCCUGGCCAGUAAAACUAGUGAGCACACUACUUGUAGGAUAAUGGUUAGACUACAGCAAAUGCAUAAAUUACUGUUUUGGCGUGCAAUUUCAACAUGCAUGUGCAUGUAAAUAUGCACAUAGUAACAGGUAUUCACACAUACUCACACUUACACUGCACACUGAUCUAUAUUCAGUCAUAAUCUGUGAAAGCACACCAAUAUCUACCUGCACAGAUACUCUCAGUGAGAUACAUAUUAAUGGGAGUCUAUAUUUCUCUUUCUUUCCCUCAUUUGUUCAUGCCUUAAUUGAGUUAUUAAUAUAUUCUUGUGGUGCUGAAUGUCUUCUGUAUGUUUACAAACAUGAAUUGGAGUGAAACUGUUUGCACAUACUGUAUAUGGUAUAGCAAAUUAAUUGCAGGUAAAUACAAGCAUUCAGAUUCAAAGUUUACAAGCUCAUAUAUAACUACCAGGAAACUGCAAAAAAAAAUCUAAUUUUGUUUCCAGUAACCACCAUGUUUCAAAAAAUGUGCGCCGUUUAAAGCUAAAAAGGCAUGACUUUAUUAUUUUGUAUUAAAUAAACUUUAGGAGCAACAGUCAUGAUUGGUGAAAGCGAGGAUGUGUGAUUUUGCCUGCAUGUAUGCAUGAGUGUUUGCGUGUGUGAUGUAUAACGAAUAAAUGAGCGUGUGUCUGUAUAUCUGUGCAAUAAUUAAUAAAAGCAAUGACCCCUAGGAUGUGAACAAAGAUAAUAUGAACACUGAACUGUUGGUUUUCUACUUAAGGUUUAGAUUACUGGGGAAAGAGAGAAGAAAGGGGACUUUAUCUUCGUGAUAUAAAACAAGAACACUUUGAGCAAUUGUAACUACAGAGGCAACUGUAAUCUUAAUCAAAUGUUAUCAGUUCAGUUUUGAAGUAAAUAUCAAAGGGCCACAUUUUUCUGAAAACUUAAUUUAAACUGUCAAUUGUAGUCACUGCAGGUAAACUAGCAUCUUUUACAAGAGAAAUCCCAUUAUGGGGCCAAAACACUUCCGACAUGGGACAUCUCCUCAUGUUAGCUGUUUGUUUCUCUGGACUCACUGCUUUUUGAACAACACUUUGAACGACUGCAGAGGCAGAAAAGCCUCUCUGGACUGAGUCCUGGACAUGUUACAUGAUAUCCGUGUCUCUCUUUCUCCUCAGGGUUUCAUGUCUCAUUUUCCAAUGGGCUGGACAUAAAAUAAGAAACCCGCCCUCUAUCAGCUGUUGUAUAAAGGGUGUUACAGAGUGUAAAGAUUUAUGUAAGUUAGUAGAUAGAGUACACUUUCAAUUUGUAUUGGCUCUUGGAGAGUGUCUUUGGGAUUUGGGCUAUCUCCUUCAUCCUCACCUCUUUUACACAAUUUGUGAGCCAGACAGAAGACAAUAAUUAUUGUGUAUUCAUGUACAUUUUUCAGGGAUGUAAAUAUUGAAGUGUCUGUUUUGGGUUUUAGUCAAAGAAAAUUGUUUUUCAUUUGGUCACAAUCAUCUGCCGGACAGAAAAUCAGCCAUUGUGAUAAAUUCUGAGUGAGUUGGAAAGCAACUGUAAAGAGAAGAUACAUGUAAUUGUAUGUGUGUUAAUACUAUAUGUGUGUACACUGUACUGUACAUUUAUGACCAUGUGUAUAAAGAAAUAUUAGUAUUGUAUAACAUUUAUAUUAUGUGUUAUUGUAUAGAACAGAACACAAUCUGUAUUAAAAGAUAAUCUCUCUAAGAAUG